AUGGGAAAACCUUGGAUUGGCUUUAUUACUUCCAUCGCUCGCAACCUCGACUACCUUGUGGAAUUGAGGGGCAACGUGGACCUGUGUUGGCUACGGACGGUUGUCGUCGCUCCCCUUGUCGAGGAGGUCAUCUUCCGUGGGUGCAUCCUCUUUCACCUGCAACGCCAAUUUUCCUCAUGCGCCGGCCUCUGCACCGGUUCUGCCAUUCUCUUUGCUUUGUCGCAUUUUCAUCAUGUGAUCGAGAAGGUGUACGACGGGCGCUCUCUCAAAGCCGCUGUGCUUGAAGUCCGUCAUCUGGCGGCCGCCUGCAGUGUACACUCGUUGUGCAACGCAAUGGGAAUGCCGGACUUUCGAAGCGAGUUCUACCUUGCUGGGAUACGCGAUGGGCGGCGGGGUCGCUUGGUGUACGCCAGUCUCCUCGUCUGCGGUGUCCUCUUGUGGCUUGUCCUCAUCGGACCCGCUACAACACUCUUCGGCCUCUCCGACUCCACCGUCUGCCGCGUCUGUCCCUGA